AUGGUUACCAGGGAGACAGAACGAAACAGGAAGUGGUGUAAAGGUGCACGAGGAGGUGAGCUGGAGGGGGAUCAGAGAAAAACCUUCUGGUUGCACCGCAUGAAGGAACUGUUACCUCACAGCGUGUCCUCUGUCCUCUACAGGAAGCUGGCCGAGGAGAAGUACGAGGAAGUCCACGCCCGCAGGAGGGAACUGAGGAGCCGCCAUUUUGAAAAAGUCAGCGUGGAUGUUCUGAACGAGAGCAGAGAGGGCGGAGCCUGCCAGAACCAGGCUCAGCCAAUCAGCAGCCAGAAUCGCCAGAACGCUGGAGGGUCGUCGCCAAAACCGGAGCAGGACGAGUCAGAACCAGAGCUGCACGAUAUCCCUGAGGAUCCUCGUGCUGCAGAAGUUUAUUACAACCAGGACAGGUUCGACUCGUGCUCAGAGGACGACGAGCCAGCGGCACCUGCAGAGACGCUGUACCUGUCUGACCCACAGGAGGCGUGA